CUGUCAAAUGCAAGGUCUUUGGUCAAAUGUGACUGUGUUUGAUGUUGAUCACAUUAGUUAUUAAAUAAUGGGACUAGUUUUGAUUUUACGGUUUAAUAUUAGAAUUAAUCAGAAGAUAUAAUAUUAGUUGAUAUUAUCAUACGUGUUUACUAAUGAGUGUAAAACAGUUUUCACUAUUUUUCGUUUUAGAAGUUAUAUGUUAAUAACAAUAAUAUAAUAUGAUGACUGAACUAAAUUAAGAUUUAAAAAUGUGGAGUGAUACCACAUUAAAUUUUAGUUCUAGCGUUUGUCGUUUAUGUGCAAAUUCUAGUGAAAUUGUAAUUCCUAUAUUUGGAAAAGUAACUGACAAAGAAAGAAUGGAUUUAAAAAUAAAGAAGUGCUUGCCAAUAAUUGUUCGAGAGGAUGACUGCAAACCGAAACAAGUGUGUUUGCCUUGCGCGUCAAAACUAGAAAUGUGCGCGGAUCUUGUGGAGAUGUGUCUAGCUGCUGAGUUCAAAUUUGAUUCCAUUCUGCAUUCGAGGUUUCCAGGUCUGAAGUCAGCAGAGGAAAGCUCCGCUCAAAUACAGGAGGUGGACUGCAGCAAGGCGGCGGAGGUCCUGAGCCUGCGGCCCGCCCGCGGCUGGCCCGAGGAGCUGGCCAGGGGCGACCCCGUCACGGUGCAGCACGACGGGGGCGUGAUCGUGCUGGGCAAGGUGGACGGGGAGGCGCGCGAGGAGUGCCAGGACUUCGUGCUGAUGGUGGAGCUCAAGUACAAGGACCCCCUGGAGGUGUCGCUGGACGGCAAGGCCCCCUCGGGCCUGUACGUGCCCGACCCCGGGGAGAUGGGGGGCAGGACCCUCGCCUACGCCGUGGACGGGGCGGAGGGGGACGCUGCCCUCGGGGGCUUCACCCUCGCCGACUGCCAGGACAAGACCCGCGCGCUGAUCUACGCCGCGCAGCCGGAGCAGCUGGUCGCCGCGGAGGCGGGGAAGACGGACACGGACUCCUACACGGUGGAGUUCACGACCGCGCAGCCGGACGCGCACGGCAGCAAGCUGCAGCAGCUGCUGACGUACGCGACGGUGCAGCAGGGGACUCCGGUCGUGGUUGCCCGGGCGCAAGUCCUGCCCAAAACACUCAACGAAGUCAUCGAAGAGGCUAACAUCGCAGCCAAAGAGAUGGCGUUUUCUACCAAAGAUGAUGCAGCGCUGGACGGUCUAGAAAGCGGAUCAAUGCUGCUUGAUACAAAUAAAUUCAAAAGCAGCGCCACGGAGACGGAAGCAGCGGCUGCAGACAAGCCGAAGAAGCCCUUCCCGUGCUCGGUGUGCUCCAAGUCGUUCAUGAGGCGCACGAACCUGAACGCGCACCUGGCCAGGCACGCCCAGGUGCGGCCGCACGCCUGCGAGGAGUGCGGGAAGAGCUUCUGCGCGCGCUGGGACCUGACCCUGCACCGGCGCAUCCACGCCGGCCUGUUCGCCUGCCAGCACUGCGGCAAGGCCUUCGCGGCGCACGCCAAGCUCAAGCGCCACGUGCUGACGCACACGGGCGAGCGGCCCUUCCCGUGCGCCACCUGCGGCCGCGCGUUCGGCGACAAGCGCAACCUACAGACGCACCAGCGCGUCCACACGGGCGAGCGCCCCUUCCCGUGCGAGACGUGCGGUCGCAGCUUCCGGGUGCGCUCGCACCUGCUGGACCACCGCCGGGUGCACACGCGCGAGGCGCCCUUCACCUGCGACGUCUGCGGCAAGUCCUUCAAGUGGAAGACCAACCUCAACAUCCACCUGAAGACCCACUCCGGGGAGCACCACUCGUGCGCGGACUGCGGCCGGGAGUUCACGCGCCGCUCGGAGCUGGCCAAGCACGAGCGCGUCCACGCGGGCGCGCGGCCGCACGUCUGCGAUGUCUGCGGCAAGAGCUACGCCGAGCGGGGCGUGCUGCUGAAGCACGCGAAGCUGCACGGCGACCGGAAGCCGUACGGCUGCGACGUGUGCGGGAAGAGUUUCCACUACCGCUGGUACCUGAUCUCGCACAAGAAGAUGCACGCGGAGGAGAAGACCGGCAACGCUUGCGAGUUCUGCGGCAAAGUGUUCGACAAGAAAGGUAACUUGGCUGCUCAUUCGAAGUGUUGCCAUACCUUGACUCAACCAGUUACUGUAGUUUAACAUCUUUUAAACGUUCAUUAAUACUAUUUAUGUAUUUUUAUUAAGAACAUAAUUAUUGUUAAGUUUUAAACUGAUCUUUGUGAAAAGUAAAUUCUAAACAAAAUGUGCACUUGUCAAAUGGAUUCAACUUUGCUAGCCACAUUAAUUCAAUUCUAUGUACAGUCAAACCUCUCUGAAACGACCCCUCGUGGUUCCCAGGAUAAGGGUCGUAAUAGAUGUUUUCCGAAAUUUUCAUUUCAUUUCAACCCCCCCCCCCCCCCCUCCCCCCCCCCCUCCUUUCCAAACCGCUACUCGCUAAGAAAAGAAACCAGCCGUACAAUGGCAGGAUGCUGUCACUCACAAUGCUAGACGGCUUUGCUUUGAACCCACUUCAACCUUCAUGACAAGUCCGUCGCCCUACAGGCCACUCUAAAGAAAAUAUGUCAAAAGACAGUUUAUUUUUACUGGUUAGUUUACAUGUACGUUUUCUGCUUGCCGUAGUUAAAUACACUAGAACGCCGAUGUCACGAACCCCGGAUUUAACGAAGCAGUGAUUUUACGAAUACAUUCUCGGGAACCGUCAAUAAAUUGGACAUUUUGACCAAAAUGUGAAAAUCAGAAAAAACAUUUUAAAAAAAGAAAUGAAAGAUCAUUGAAAUCUGUUAAUUUUAACACACAGCGUAAUUUUGUGUCGGCUUUAAUACUUCCAAAAAUGUUCAUGUUAAGAAUAACAAAAAAAUAAUGGGACAUUUCCUCUAAAAAUAUGGCAGCUGUAGGUUCUGCAACGCGAGUGGGCGUACACUAAGCUCGCCCGGAUGGCUGGCGGCAGCAACUUCAUGACGCAUAAGCUCACCCCUCCCUCCACUCGGUAACAUUCUUCAAGGCUAGCUCAUCCCUCCCAGACACACAAACCAUCUAGUGUCCUCCCUUAUAACACCCCAAUUUUCCUUCUUUUGAAAAAGCUUCAGUGAGAAAAUGCUCAUUUCACCCUCCCUUAUAACACCCCAACUUUCCUUCCUUUGAAAAAGCUUCAGUGAGAAAAUGCUCAUUUCACCCUCCCUUCUCCCGUAAAAUUGGGCUAUUAUGAAUGGGGUACUAAAGCGGUGAGGGAGGGGUAAGAUUGUUGUAAAUAUUUUCGGACCCCUCCCUCCCCCAAACACGCCCAAAAAAAGUAUGUCAAAAUAUGUCACUUUCCACACCAAGUUCGAGUUCAGUCAUCUCUGGCAAGGAAUUUACAAGCUUUCAGACUUAAAUAUAAAUGUAUUUUAAUAGCAAGGGUCCUAUGAAAAGGAAUAUACCGAAUAAAAUCAAACUGCUGUCACCAAACAAAGCAUAAAACGGUCCAAUGCGUGGUCGCUUCGUUAUUGCUCGCGCGAGAGGUGAGACGUGGAAUGUUAGAAGAAAGAUAAAUGCUGGGGAGACAGACGGCAGCCAGUGUGUUUCCUGCGUGGGGAAUAAGUGGCGUAGCCUUUUUUUUAUGCUGGGUAAAGCGACCUUUUUCUGUCAACCCACGGGAAAAGAUAAUUGCUUGAGCUGUCAAAAUAAACAUCGCUGCCGCAGUUAAAACAAGUCGAGGCGGGCGUGCAUCCAUCCGGUCGCUGUGUAUUGUCAACUGAUAGUAAUCAAAAUAAAGUGAAAUCCAGCAGGUAGCUUUGCCUUAACUGCGUACCACACUAGACACUCGCAAAAAGCUAAACGUAAACAUGUUGCCACAAAAACCUUUAUCUGCACGCUGCCGGCAAAGGGAUGUGGAAUGGGGGUUGUCAAUCGCUGACAGCGGUCGUAAACACGUUGCCACAAAAACCUUUAUCUGCACCCUGCCGGCAAAGGGGCGUGGAAUGGGGGUUGUUAAGCGCUGACAGCGGUCGACAGGAAGUGGUAUCUAUUUUUAGAUAUGCGCUGCUUACAGCAGUACAGCACUCGGCAAGAGAAACACAGUAACAUGGUACGCACCACAAGAAACUUAUUUUCUGUCCGAUUUUCUUUGGAUUUUCGGCAAUUUCUUCCUGGUUCCUCGAAAUCGGGUUGUAAUAGAGAGGUGGUUGCAAUAAAUGGGGUUGCAACAAAAAGGUUUUACUGUAUGUGUAUAUACAGGAUGUAAUGUUUAGGUGUGUAUGUACUAUAGUUGUGUGUUCUGCACCAGCUUAAGUAAAAUAAUGCUCUCUUAACAUCUGUAAAUCGCUUGUUCAGUUCUACUCUAAUAUAUCCACAGCUCAUGUCCGACCAUAAGUUUUGAGAGCUUUCUUUUGCUUGAUGUGAUUUGUGAAACCCAUGCAUGCAUAAUUUUACUUCGCAUAUUAUAAUUGAUCUGAAUUACUGAUAAUUUUUUACACAUUUCAUCUUCAUUUGUAAUUUAGUACAAAUGCAGGUACAGAUGCAGUUACUGUUUGCUCUGACAUUGGGAGAAUCUUGUAUCAACGUAGAGGGUAAAACUGAGUUUGUAGGUACAAGAAAUUUACAUUGGAUACCUAAUACCGUGUUUUCUCGCAUAAUCGUCGCAGAUUUUAUUCUAAAAUCAAGUUUGAAAAGUAGGGGUGCGACAAUUGUGCGGAAAGAAAUUUUUUGUUAGGUAAAGUUAUUCAUAAAAACAAAACCUGUUCAUGGAAAGUACGUUUAUUUAAAAAAAGGCGGAGUAUACAAGAGCACGCCAAACAAUCUAUAUUAAUAAUUCCUUAAACAAAAACCUUUCUUCAACAUUAAAAACUCUGACGCGAACGCAAGCCACUAGAAUCUGACGUGAACUAACGUGUCAUAGUACACACUUGCCAUGAAAGAAUGCGGGCUUAAAAUGUAGUUAACUCGGCACCUGACAGAGAGCGCGCGUUGCAUCCAAUUGGCGAGAUAUCGAUAUUCGACUACGUUCGCACGCUCGAUACGGGAAGCAACAUAACCAAACAUGAAUGAUGCGCUGGCUACAUUUUUAUAAGCGGUACGCCGCGGUAACGCAGACUAUCAGAUAAAGGAAAUACCAUUUAAAAACGUCUUUAAAAGAAAAUUUACACGUCAGACAACUUUGUAUUUCUGUUUAUUAAAUAAAUAAUUGGUAAUGACUGAAAUUAAAUUUUAGAUUACACCUACACCGCGGCGACGCAGAUGAUCAGAUAAAGGAAAUAACUUUUAAAAACGUCUUUAUAAGAAAAUUUACACGCCAAACAACGUCGUAUUUUUCCGUUAAUUUAUUAAGUGGUAAUGACCGAAUAAAUAUUAGAUUUAUACUUUAAAAUACAUCGUUUUAUACGGAAAAGAUACCUACACAAAGCAUUCUGCAUCUACUAGCGGGACCAAAAACAUCAUGCGACGUUUACGCGAGAAGUUUUUUUAUCCCAAUUUUGACAGCCUAAAAUAUGGUUGCGAUGAUUACGCGCGUGCGAUGAUUAUGCGAUAAAACACGGUAUUUAAUUUCAUAGCAAUGAUUAGAUAACAUAAAAAAAAUACAUUUUUAAUAUUUAUUUACAAGUAUACCCCUCAUAAAAUGUGUUUUCUUUUUUUCGAUUUGUAUUUCACAUAUGUGAGUGUGUGUAUGUAAAAGUCAUUCAUAUUUGACAUAAGACUGAAGUUACUGUAAACCAACAUAUGUUGAUGAUAAGCUAGGAGUAGCAACUAGAUUUCAGAUAUUUCAGUAUUGUGAAGUAAUACGUAGUAGCAUUUUGUAUGAUUAUAUAGUUUUACUGCAAUUUUGUAUCAUCAGUGUUGAACAUUCCUUGCCACUCCAUGGGCAUUAGUUUUUAUAAAUUAUUUGUUUAAUUUUUGUACCUGAAAAGUUAAAUUUACAAGAAUAAUGGUGACUGGAGUUUUUACAUCUGCUCACUUACCGUAUUUUAAUAGCAUCAUACAAUUUUAAAUAAGCUAUAAAUUACUUUUAUUUUAUUUUAUGGAAAUAAUGAUACUAAAAAAAUAUUUUAACUAAAAUAAUUUUAAUGAUUACUAGCUGUAGGUUGUUAUUGUAUGGAGCAUAAAUAUUCGUGAAGAGCUAAAAUCAUUGUUAAUUUUUUUCAACAUCAGUAUUUUGUGAGCGUUUGCUCUAAUGUGAACACAUUUGAAUGCAAGACAUUUAAGAAAAUCAAUAUAUAUAGCGCUAGUAAUUCAUGUGCUGUGUGUAGCUUUUAACGUUGCCUGGGUGCAUACUCGCAGUAAAGUUGGCCGCAGCUGAAAUAUGUACUGCCACAUCUAAAUGUCUCUUAUGAAAUUGGAAGUGGCCAUUGCAAUCUUGACAGUAUUUGUGAUAAGGAUUUAUUGUUACUGAUUGGGUGAAUCUUUUUAAGGUUGGCAGUGAUAAGAAAAGUACUUUUUAUUUUAAAAACAAUCAUCAUGCAAUAUUUUUAUGUUUAUUACAUUUCUGGUGCUAUUUACAUUUUGAGACUUUCACACCUUUUUGUGGUAUUUACUUUGAAAAGUAUUUAGUAGUCCUGUUAAAACUACAUUGAAGUUAGAUAAUUUUGCUAGAACAGCAUGGCUGUGGUCAUAAAUGUGCCGUAUUAAAUACCUUUAACUGUAAUGUAUGUAUAUAUAUAUAUAAGAUUGGAUGUUUGUUCUCAAGCAAUUCUUCACAGUGAAACUUCAUUACAAAGUACCACACUUUAUUGUAUUUCUCCCUUUAAAGUUUUUUCCCCGAUACCUAAAAGAUGUUUUACAUUUAGUAACAGUUCUGUAUAAAGUUAUUAUACUAUUAACUAUCAAAAUUCUGUUUUGUUUAUGUGUAAUAUAUUUAGCUCUUGGUAUACAGCAUUUGAUAGGAGUAAUUUCGUGAAUGGAACGGAAAUUUGUAACAGACGAUGCUGCUAUCUAUGGCGGAUGGCACGAAUUAAAGUUCACAAAGCCAAAGGGAAAAUUUAUAGUAUGUAUUAACUAUUUGAUGAAUUGCAACAAGAUGGGCAGUAUUUAAAUAAAAUUCCUGUCAAAAAGGUGGUCCGAAGCUGGGGUUUAGUGUUUUUCCAAGUCUUUUUCACUUUUAUCGGAGCCGUUUCAUUAAAAAGUUUAAAAUUUCACUCUGCAAAUGGGAUUAUUCGAUAGACGAUGAAGCUGCACUGGCAGUGAAUUCUAGCGGCAGGUGCAAAAAUUACGUUUCAUUUGCGUUAAAAAAAUAUAGUUGGAAACACAAUUGGUGUAUAUUUAUCAUGCUUGGCAUUAUUUUAAAGAAUUCUACGUUAACAUUCGUGCCUGAGUUUCAUAUUAUAGGUGUAUUUGCGACUUGAGAACACAAUUUGCUCAUUUUUGAGGUUAAUGUUUUACACAUCACUGGGUGAGUUCUGACUGACUCGCUCACUUUUUUUUCUAAGUAUGUUGUAAUGAGAUGUUAGAGGUAGGUAACACAUGGGCUAUACAGAUAUUAUGAAAUUCCAGCCUUAAGGGGGUUAAAAUGCGGUAGUUUUAAUUUUACACAAAAAUAAUUUAGAAGGUAAGAUUUUAAACAUCUAAACAAUGGGUGCCUUUUCGUCUUUCAAGCAAAACAUGUGAAGCCUUAUGAUCCAAAAGCAUGCAAUGUGGUCAUUAUAAGCUCAGAAACAUUGGGAUUGUCAUAAGGUUGCAUACUAAAAUUGUGUGUUUUUCACAUUAAUGUAUUAGAAGGCCUACACAAAUAAUGCCUGUACUUAAAAACUGUACUUGACUUGCCUACAGUCCUACUGCAAAUAAACAAUAGUUCACUGCUAUCUCGUAUGAUUGAAAUAGUUUAAGUAUAGUGGAUUCCCUUUCAACCGGCUUCCGCUUAAACCGAUCACCAUGAGUUUGAAAUUAUAACUUACUGAUCUGUCGCAAUGUGUCUUAACUACUAAUCUAUUCGGUUCAGUUGAGCUGCUACGUUACUGUAGUGUCGACUGGUUAAAACUAUUUUUUUUAUUAUACUUAUUAAAUAUUUAAUUGUGUGGAUAAAAAACAUUAAAGCAAAAAAAAAACUUUCUUAAAGCUUCUGAAAAUUUAUUUGUGCUAUUGAAUAAAUAUCUUAUAAUUAAUAUCUAAUUGUAAAUGAAAAAAUAAGAAUCAAUAAUUGAUGUCACUAUGCAUGAAAAGGUUGAAAGGUAGCCAGUUACUGUAAGUAUAAAAUAUUAAUUAUUAAAAAAAUUUUGAAAACCUCUUGACUUGUAGGCUGAGGAUUGAAAUCCAACUACAUAGUGAUGGUUUCUGGUUCUUACAUUUGUGGCUCAACUUGAGUGCUAAGUUGGUUCUAUGCUGGUUCUUUUGCCUUUAUAGCUUUUAUUUUGCUUACCUACUCUAUUUUGGUGUACUGUAAAAUGCAAUGUAAGAAGAAAAAAAUCAGUAGUAAAGUAUAUACCUGUGUCAAAAAUGUGGUGUUUGAGUAAUUAACAGUUAUCUCAAGAAGUGUAGGUAUGUGUUGGAAAAAUAAUGUCUAAGGAAUAAUUCCCUUUUUCUGUGUCCACCAGUGAUGUAAAUUCUUGUAUUAACUUCAGCUAAUUUCAUUGUCACUGUACUACUAUAUUCCACCCAAUAAACUGUCACUUUUUAAAAUUGUUAUCUUACAUGAUUAAAAGUUAAUGGAAUGUACUCAUAAUGUGGUCAGUAUUAAUAAAUACAAUGCCUACUUUU